AUGGGUAUCCAAGGUAAUGGGAAUGGAGUCUAUGGAGGAGAUAUGGAAAUGUCUGUUGUUCCUCUGGGAACUAAGAACAAGUACAAGAGGAUGGAUUCCCAGUUGACUUUUGAUGAAGAGGGUGAUGAUCAUGAUGAUUCACAUCAUCAUCAUCAUCAGUUGGAACAGAGGAAGAUUACUACCCGGAAGUUUGUUUUCGCUUGUGCUGUUUUUGCAUCCCUAAACAAUGUCCUCCUUGGCUAUGAUGUCGGUGUCAUGAGUGGAGCAAUUCUGUUCAUUCAUGAGGAUCUGAACAUAACUGAGGUACAGGAAGAAGUGCUUGUUGGCAUCUUGAGUAUAGUUUCAAUCUUUGGUAGUUUAGCUGGUGGAAGGGUAUCAGAUGUCGUUGGCAGAAAAUGGGCAAUGGGCUUAGCAGCAAUUAUAUUCCAAGCCGGAGCUGCAGUAAUGACUAUUGCCCCUUCAUUUGAAAUACUGAUGCUAGGAAGAAUAUUGGCUGGAGUCGGAAUUGGCUUCGGAGUUAUGAUUGCACCUGUCUAUAUUGCAGAAAUAUCACCUACAGUUGCUAGAGGCUCCCUCACUUCCUUCCCGGAGAUUUUUAUAAAUUUGGGAAUUCUUCUUGGUUAUGUCUCUAAUUAUGCAUUUUCCGGCCUCUCACCACACAUAAGCUGGAGGAUAAUGCUUGCUGUGGGUAUUUUGCCCUCAGUUUUCAUUGCAUUUGCUCUAUGCAUAAUCCCCGAGUCACCAAGGUGGCUAGUUUUGCAAAACCGAGUUGAUGAUGCUAGAUCGGUGCUUUCAAAAACUAAUGACAAUGAUGCAGAAGUAGAGGAGAGGCUAGCAGAAAUUCAAUUAGCUGCCGGAAGUACCGAUGCAGAGAAGCAUGAAGAAAAGCCUGUCUGGCGAGAAUUUUUAAGACCUUCUCCUCCCCUUCGAAGGAUGUUGAUCACGGGGAUUGGGAUCCAGUGCUUCCAACAGAUUACUGGUAUUGAUGCAACUGUGUAUUACAGUCCCGAAAUCCUGAAAGCCGCUGGUGUGGAGGGCGACUCUAAGCUUCUCGCUGCUACAGUUGCUGUAGGAGUGACAAAGACAGCAUUCAUAAUUAUAGCCAUUGUUCUAAUUGACAAAGUUGGAAGGAAGCCGCUGCUAUAUGUGAGCACAAUUGGGAUGACUGUAUGCUUGUUUAUGCUUGCAUUCAGCCUUGCUUUACUUAAAGAAGGAUCACUUGGAAUUGCUUUGGCUUUGCUAUCUGUUUGUGGAAAUGUUGCCUUCUUUUCAGUAGGUAUUGGUCCAGUAUGCUGGGUUAUAACAUCUGAAAUAUUCCCUUUAAGGCUUCGUGCUCAAGCGUCUGCUGUUGGGGCAGUGGGAAAUAGGGUGUGCAGUGGCAUAGUUGCCAUGUCCUUUCUCUCGGUUUCCCGUGCAAUCACAGUAGCAGGGACCUUCUCCAUAUUCGGUGCAAUAUCAGCGAUAUCUGUUUUGUUUGUAUACACCAUUGUUCCAGAAACAAAAGGCAAGUCCUUGGAACAGAUUGGGCAAAUGUUUGAGGAUGGUUACCACUUGCAAAGUGGAGAAGUGCAACUUGGGGAUGCUGAGCGCCUAAUGCAGAAACAAUUGCAUUCAAUGGAUUCUUUCCCUGAUACUAGCUAUCCUGCAAGUUUAUGA